AUGACAAACCAUGAUAAGGAGUUUGAAGCUUCCGAUCUUCUGAACAGUUCUUUCUACUCCUCUAAAUCUAUCAAUGCUUUGGAACAUUCUCGAACUUUUAGAAACUCAUUGCUAUUAAAGGAGAUGUCAGAUAAUUCAUUGAAUAUGUCUGUUAGUUCCAUGCAAGAUAUGAACAAUAGAAAACGUUCUCCUACAAAAAUAAAUGAUGCUAAUACUACUAAUUGUUUGAAUUCUUCAGAACCUGGAAGCAAUUCAAGGAAAGAUGAAGUACAGACUGUAAAUAUGACUACUUCGCCUUCAUUGAGUGCAUUAUCUGAGAUUUUAAAUGAAAAAUCCAAAAAUGCUGAUAGAAUGAUGAGAACGAGUAGGAUUUUCGAGAAUUCGAUAGUAGAAGAAGAGGAGGAGGAGCCAGAAGAGAAUCAAAAUAUAAAAGAAACUGUUAUGGUUACAUCCUCUCCAAAUUUAAUUGAUAUAGAUGAUUCUCCAAAUGGAAUGCAAUUUUCUAAUGUGAAUUUAAAUACUACAGCAGAACAACCAGAUUUCUUGACAACUCCAAAAGUGGAACAGAGUAUUCCGAGACAUCAAUUACCAAAUUAUACAAUCCCAGAAACUUUAAAUGAAUUGGAGGAAAUUGAAACCGAGCAAACUGUAGUAGACGAUAAUAACAAUAAUAAUAAUAAUUACAACAAUUACAACAAUUACAACAAACGUCAUAGUGUUAGUCUCGCAACUGCAGGUAAAGAAGUUCCAUCUCCCAAAAAAUAUAUGAAUUCCAAGAAGACUUCGAUGGAAUCACAAAAGAAAGUUGAGCAUGUCGAGGAGGAGAAACCUUCUCAAAAUACAUAUGCAGAAAUAAUGAAAGGCGUAGCGUCUAAACAAAAUCAACAGCAUAAUUCAAAGAUUGAAAUGAAAAAGACUAGAUUAUAUAAACAGGAUGCAGUUAAAAAGAAUACCGAAAAUAGGAAAUCAACUCCUGCUGCCCCUACACAGAAGAAGAAGAAAAGUAUAUUUUCAUUUUUGAAAAGGAAAAAUUCAAGGUCCAUCUCUGAAACUAUCAAUGCCAACUCUGCUAAUACUGAUAAAGAAUUGGAUAAAGGAAUGCCAACUUCGGCAACAUAUUCUCACAUAUCGUCCCAUAGGGAAGAAGAACCUGAGCCAACUGAAAAAAUUUCGAAGAAAUCACAUAGCAGCAAUUCUUUAUUUAAUACUUUACGCAGGAAAUCUAUAGUACCAGAUACAUUAAAUGUUCCAAAUGCUCAAACAGGAAAAGAUGUAGAUGUUCCAACUACUAAACAAGUUUCGGAUGUAUCCAAUACUACCGAAGGAAGUUUGCUUUCCGCAACAUCAACACCAACGAAACCUGACUCAACAACAAUUGCAUCAUCUACGGCAUCUCCACAGAAAUCUAUAGAUAAACCGCUGCAUAAUAAUAAACAGAAUAAAAGGAAUCCGACACCUUUGAAUUUUGAAAAUACAUUAAUUGCUUCUUCAAAUGAUACCAAACUGGUGAAGGAAUUGCCAAUUAUACCUAAUUUUGAUGCUCCUAGUUUUCCAGAUAGUUCUCAAAAGAGAGAUUCUGGUGAGGCUUUCUUUCCAAAAUUGUUAGAUGCCGAUGAAAUUGAUUCGAUUGUAAAAAUUGAAAGAAAUAGAUCUCAACGUUCAGGAAGUUUAAGGAGAAUGUCAAUUGAUACAUUAUCUGUUCAUGCGCAAAGUGAAGGUAUGGUCGUCACUACUGCGUCAGAUAUUAUUUUAUCUACACCUGAUCUCUCAAAGAGUCCUGCAAGUAGUAUUUUAAGAAGUGGGAGAUUUGAUAGAAUAGAUGCAUAUCCUUCGAAUAAUUUGCAUUCGGAUAUUGAUGAUGCUUUUGACGUUGACGUUAUAGAAGAUAACCAGAACUUAUUAGCCUCUGUCGAGGAAAAAUUAGAUCAACUAACAAAUGAUUAUAGAAAAGAAAAUGUAUAUGACUCUCAAAUUCAAAAAGAUCUUAAGCAAACAAAUAUUACAAACGAUGAUGCAAAUGACGACCCUGAAUUGAUGAGUGAUAUCAUGGAGUUCGCAGAUCUCAUAAAUUUCGGCGAAGGUAUUGAUCUGGAUAUGGAUAUGAAUCAAAAUAAUAAAAAUCCAGAAGAUUCAUUUAGAUCCACAUUAGCUCCAGCUUACAUUGAUGUUGAUAUUGCAAAAGAAGAUCCAGAAGAAUCUGAAGGAUUAUCAGAUGGAGGUUAUGAUCAUUUUAUUUCCUCAGAGCAAGAAGGUUUGGGUAUCCAAAUGAACCAAGACGAGUAUGACAAUUUCGAAAUAAAUAAUGAUGAUUUUGAUCAUGAAAAUUUCAAUGACAUUAUUGAAGACCAUGGCAUGGAUGAUAUUGUUCCUCAAAGAAAACACAAUGUUUUAGAUUCAGAUUUCGAAAGUAACGAUAGACCUAUCUCCAUGUCAUUCAGGGGACUAACUGGUCCUUCAUUGAACUCUACGAUAAUGGUUGACUCAAAUGAGCUUCAAGAGGUUGCUACAAUAGAAAAUGAACAAGAAGAACAAACUAAAGGUUGUGUUACGUUUUCUGCAAGUAUAAUAUUAUAUGAGACAUAUGGUGAGUUUGAAUAUGAUAGACAUCCGGAUAUAGGAACUUGUAACCAACUGACACCUCAAUUGGCUCAAAUGAUUAAGGUAGAAUUGAAUGAAUUGAAGAACAACAUGGAGGUUCAUGAAUCUUCAAAAUGUUACACGCAGUAUUUUUAG